AUGCAUUCCUCCCUCAACCGCGCGCAGGCCGUCUUCGGCUUCUUCACCACCGUAGCCCUGGUGGUCGCCGGACUGGCCGCACUAUCAACCCUCCUUUUCCCCACAGACGCCACAACAGCUUCCGUACAGCUGAAGAACGUCCAAGUAGUCAAAGGCCGACCACACUACUACUCCACCAAACGCGAAGAAUACGCCCAAAUUCGCUUCGACCUAGACGCAGACCUCUCCCCCCUCUACAACUGGAACACAAAACAACUCUUCGUCUACGUGUACGCAAGCUACUCCUCCUCCGACAACCCCAGCACCGAGAACAGCAACCUCCGCCAAUCCGAAGCCGUAAUCUGGGACACUAUCAUCUCCGCACCACAAUCCCCAUACUCCUUCGACGCAUUGAAGGAAAAGGCUCUACUGAAUUUACCGGCUUCGAUUACCGGUGCCGCUGGGAAGAAAGCUAAGCGCAGCGCCAGCGCGGCGAAGAAGAAUCAGAACAAGAACAAGAACAAGAAGGCUGAAGAGGAGCAGGCAGGCGUUCUACGACUACGUGGUCAAAAGGCUAAGUAUCAGAUUAGUGAUAUUACGGGUCGUCUUGCGGGGCGUCAGAAUGUUACGCUUGCUGUUGGGUGGAAUGUUCAGCCUUGGGUUGGGGCGCUUUGGUGGGCUCCUGCUACUGGGGCGGUGCCGAGGACGGAGGGGAAUGUUGGGAGGAGUGAGGCUUUUGAGUUUCCUGCGCUGAAGGUUAAGAAGAGUGAGGCUGGGAAGGAGGGUAGUGCUAAGGCGGGUGCGGGUGCGGGUGCGGCGUGA